AAAGCUUCCCUGAGUACUUGGAGCCAGGAAAGAAGCAUGAAGUGGCUUGUGCUCCUCGGGCUGAUGGCCCUCUCAGAGUGCAUAGUCAUAAUACCUCUAACAAAAAUGAAGACCAUGGGAGAAAUUCUCAGUGAAAACAACUUGCUGAACAUUUUCAUGAAGGAACACACUUAUAGACUGUCCCAGACUUCUACUGGUAACUCAAAUAUAACUUCUCUACCCAUGAGGAACUUCCUUGAUCUCAUCUAUGUUGGUAAUAUCACCAUUGGAACACCCCCUCAGGAAUUCCGGGUUGUCAUUGACACAGGCUCAUCUGACUUAUGGGUGUCUUCCAUCUUUUGCACCAGUCCAGCCUGUUAUAAACACAAUACCUUCAAGUAUAACGAGUCUUCCACCUACCGGCCUACCCAAGAGACCUUCAACAUAAUCUAUGGGUCUGGGAUAAUCAAGGGGUUACUUGCUUAUGACACCAUUCGGAUUGGGGACCUUGUUAUCACUGACCAGCCAUUUGGCUUAAGCCUGGAGGAAUAUGGGUUUGAAAGUGCACCCUUUGAUGACAUCUUGGGCUUGAACUACCCCCGCAUGUCCGCCAUAGGAGCCAUCCCCAUCUUUGACAACCUGAAGAAACAAGGUGUCAUUUCUGAGCCUGUCUUUGCCUUCUACUUGAGCAAAUGCAGGGGGAAGGACAGUGUGGUGAUGUUUGGUGGUGUGGACAAAGCCUACUACAUGGGAGAGCUCAAGUGGGUACCAUUGACCCAAGCAGGUGACUGGCGUGUAAACAUGGACCACAUCUCCAUGAAACGAAACGUUAUUGCUUGUUCUGGAGGAUGCCAUGCUGUUUUGGACACCGGGACAUCACUGAUACAAGGUCUAACAAGUCUGGUUAAUAACAUCCAGAGGCUCAUCCGUGCCACACCCCAUGGUUUCAAGCACUAUAUUUCAUGUUUUGCCAUCAAUAUCCUGCCCUCUCUUAUCUUCACCAUCAAUGGCAUCAACUACCCAGUACCAGCUCGAGCCUACAUCUUCAAGGAUUCUCAAGGCCACUGCUUUACCACCUUUAGAGGAGGCACAGAGCAAGAUAACAUCUCAGAGACCUGGGUCCUUGGUGAAGUCUUCCUGAGGCUGUAUUUCUCAGUUUUUGAUCAAGGAAAUGACAGGGUUGGCCUGGCACAGGCAGUGUAA